AUUAUUAUUAGGUUUAAUAGCACUUUUAUUCAAAUAUGCAUGUUUUUUAGUGUAUUUCAUGUUUUUCAGGCAGAGAAUCUGUUCACAAACGUCAUCCCGCUGAAGAUCGUACAGCUGGACGCGCUACUCAAGGAUGAAGCGUUCAAUAUCAAAGACGUGUCCUCACUCAGAGCUCCCCUGGAAAUCCCCAUACCAGACCCUCCCGCUCCAGAGGACGAGGAAAUGGAGACAGAUGAUGGAGAUGAAAAGAAAAAGAAGAAAGCUCCAAAAUGUGGCUUCAUCAAGGGGAACGAGAAGAUUAUGAGCCUUUUGGAGAAAGUGAAACCAGAGAUUGUCGCCAUAAGGGAGACGAUGAUCACUGUCUCCUGCUGGAUUCAGCACCUCAUCCCCAAAAUAGAAGAUGGAAAUGAUUUCGGAGUCGCCAUCCAGGAGAAAGUUUUGGAGAGGAUCACUGCAGUUAGGACCAAAAUUGACGGUUUUCAGACCAACAUCAACAAGUACUUUACGGAAAGAGGAGACGCUGUUGCAAAAGCCUCCAAAGAGACUCAUGUGGUGAGUCUUUACAUGUUCCUCUCUUAAAGGACAAGUCUGGAGAAUUUUCUACAUUUUUAUGUCAACAAAUGUCACGAAAAUAACCAGAAUCACCAAUGACCCGAUCUGUCUAAUCAGCAUUAUACUAUAUAAUAAUAUCUCCAUAUUAGUGUCUCCAGUGUCUGAUUUAUGUUAUUUCUCUGUGC